ACGUCAAAACUCAAAGCAGCUGUGGGUAUGUUCUGUAUACGCUGGCCACGGACUACAUUGCAGUUGUAUUAUAAUUUAUAGUUAAUACUAAUUACUACAUUUUGGUACAUUUCUAUAGUACUUACUUUCGGUUAACCGCUUAUUUAUAACCGAUAAAUUAAGCCUAGUAGGUAGUUUAACUAUUCGGUUUAUCUUUAUAGUAAACAAUAUAAGGUUUAUCUAAUAUAUAAAACUUUUAGUAUUUUCAAUAAUAUUUAUAUGAAAAAAAAUACAAAGAACUAAAAAUAAUAAUUUUAUCGCGUAACCUUGACAAGGAGGAAAUAUCUAUAAUUAUAAAAAUAUAUAACUUUAAAAUUUUUGAUAUUUUUUUACAAUAACUAUCGUUGUUUAAAACACGUGUGGCUUAUAAGUAAAAAUAUGUCUUCACAAUUAAUUAACAAGUUCAAGCAGUUUGAUGCAUAUGCAAAAACUCUAGAAGAUUUUAGAGUAAAAACUGCAACAGGUGCAACAAUAUCACUAAUUGGUGGAUCUGUUAUGUUUUUACUCAUAUUAUCUGAGUUACACACAUAUAUGUCACCAAAUAUAUCUGAAGAACUCUUUGUUGACACCUCACGAGGCCACAAAAUGAAAAUAAAUUUUGAUAUUAUUGUUCCAAGAAUAUCAUGUGAUUAUCUAGUCUUGGAUGCAAUGGAUUCAUCUGGUGAACAGCAUUUACAAAUGGACCAUAAUAUAUACAAAAGACGAUUAGAUCUAAAUGGUAAUCCAAUAGAAGAACCCAAAAAGGAAGAAAUAAUUAUAUCAACAUCUUAUGUCAAAAAUAAUUCCUCAGAAAUUGCUGAAGUAACUUGUGGUAGUUGUUAUGGCGCCGCUUUUAAUGAAUCUCAGUGUUGCAAUACAUGUGAAGAAGUUAAAGAAGCAUAUAAAAUAAGACGAUGGGCACUACCCGAUUUGGCUACAAUUGAGCAAUGUAAAAAUGAUGAAUCAAUAGAAAAAGUCAAUCUAGCUUUGAAGGAAGGAUGUCAAUUAUAUGGCUAUAUGGAAGUUAACCGGGUUGGAGGAAGUUUCCACAUAGCACCAGGAAAAAGCUUCACUAUAAAUCAUAUUCAUGUUCAUGAUGUGCAACCUUAUUCAUCAUCAGUUUUUAAUACCACACAUAUAAUAAAACGAUUAAGCUUUGGUUCAGAUAUUAAGAGUGCCAACACUGCACCUUUAGAUGGAGUGACUGGCUUAGCAAAGGAAGGAGCGGUCAUGUUUCAAUAUUACAUUAAAAUAGUACCUACAAUGUAUGUUUCACUCGAUAACAAAGUUUUACAUACAAAUCAGUUCUCAGUUACAAGGCAUCAAAAAGCUGUGUCUAAUGUUAAUUCAGAAUCUGGUAUGCCAGGAGCAUUUUUCAGUUAUGAACUAUCACCCUUAAUGGUGAAGUAUACGGAAAAGGAAAGAUCACUUGGACAUUUUGCAACAAAUAUAUGUGCAAUUGUAGGAGGAGUAUUCACACUGGCUGGUAUUUUUGAUUCACUUCUAUACCACUCUCUCAACGCUUUCCAAAAUAAAAUUAUGUUAGGCAAGGCUGGAUAAAAUUAGAGUGUUUUUAAGAAUGUAUUAAAAUCAUCUACAU